AUGAAUCAAGAAUCUACCAUGACAGAACGAUGCUCAAUAGUUCUCAAUGAAAUCAAACAAUUAGCUGAUGGAGAAGAUCUAUCAAAAUCGAUCUCUCUUGAAGAUUUGGACGGCAAAGAACGCAAUCAAAUCUACAAUUUCAUCGAAACUGAAUAUUGUAAUCGAAUUGAUUGGUUGGAUUUUGUCAAUUUGUUUUGUGGUGAAAAACCAAUUCAUACAUUACUGAAUUCUAAACUUUGGCGACAACGUACUCUAGGACAAGCACGUAUUACACCCAAAACCAAUCAAUUAGCAGAAUAUUUUGUUCGAAAAAUAUUACAUGAAAUGCAAACACCUACUACCGAUGUAGUUCUUCUACACAAUGACGAAGCUGUUUUGCAAUAUAAUCCAUUGGUAUUUCGUCGUCUAAUGGAUAAUUAUCAUGGUACUUUUUUCAAAGUGAUACCUUUUCGAUUAGUAAAAUUACCCCAAUACAAUUAUUUCGUUAAAGAAUAUUUCGAUCCAUCACAAUCAGUAGACAAUGAUCAAAUUGUUAUUACACGUUGUGAAUUCAAAUGCAUUCCACUUCCAUUUCUUAUGCAAUGCAUUAAAAAAUACGAAGAUAAGCCUAUUACUGAAAUCGAUCGCAAGGUUACGAUUGAAUAUGGUCACGUGGCCACAUUGGACGAGUUUAUCUUCUAA